UGCUAUAACAACUCGGGAGUCAUUUUUAUCCGCUUCCAGGCCGAGAAGAAAACAUCGACAUCUGCUGUGUGAGGAAACCAGCUGCUCUGCUGCAAACAUGCAUGUCAUUAAGCGAGAUGGGCGCCAGGAGGCGGUUUCCUUUGACAAAAUAACAUCUCGCAUCCAGAAGCUUUGCUAUGGACUCAACCCUGACUUUGUGGACCCUACUCAGAUCACAAUGAAGGUGAUCCAGGGUCUGUACAGUGGAGUCACCACAGUGGAGCUGGACACUCUGGCAGCGGAGACGGCCGCCACCCUCACCACCAAACAUCCUGACUAUGCACUGCUGGCUGCACGGAUUGCCGUGUCAAACUUGCACAAAGAGACCAAGAAAGUAUUCAGUGAUGUGAUGGAGGACCUGUACAACUACGUGAACCCGUUAAACAAACGCCACUCUCCCAUGAUCUCUAAGGAGACGCUCGACAUUGUACUCGGAAACAAGAGUCGCCUCAACUCAGCCAUCAUUUACGACAGAGACUUCUCUUACAACUUCUUUGGCUUUAAGACUCUUGAGCGGUCGUAUUUGUUGAAGAUUAACGGCAAAGUUGCUGAGAGGCCCCAGCACAUGCUCAUGAGAGUGGCUGUUGGGAUUCAUAAAGAAGACAUCAAUGCUGCCAUUGAGACCUACAACUUGCUGUCAGAGAAGUGGUUCACACAUGCGUCACCUACUCUGUUCAACGCUGGCACCAACAAGCCACAGCUGUCAAGUUGCUUCUUGCUGGCCAUGAAGGACGACAGCAUCGAGGGUAUUUAUGACACACUGAAGCAGUGCGCCCUCAUCUCUAAAUCAGCUGGAGGUAUUGGUUUGGCAGUCAGCUGCAUCAGAGCGACAGGCAGCUACAUUGCUGGGACUAAUGGCAAUUCCAACGGGCUGGUCCCUAUGCUUCGAGUCUACAACAACACAGCACGUUAUGUUGACCAGGGUGGCAACAAGAGACCCGGGGCGUUCGCCGUGUACCUGGAGCCGUGGCAUUUUGACGUGUUUGACUUCUUAGAGUUGAAGAAGAACACGGGUAAAGAGGAGCAGAGAGCCAGAGACCUGUUCUUCGCCAUGUGGAUCCCAGACCUGUUUAUGAAACGAGUGGAGAGCAAUCAGGACUGGUCUCUAAUGUGUCCAAAUGAAUGUCCUGGGUUAGAAGAUUGCUGGGGAGAGGAGUUCGAAGAGCUCUACACUCGCUAUGAGAGGGAGGGCCGGGCUAAGCGUGUGGUGAAGGCUCAGCAGGUGUGGUACGCCAUCAUUGAGUCUCAGACAGAAACGGGUACGCCAUACAUGCUCUACAAAGAUGCCUGCAACAGGAAGAGCAACCAGCAGAAUCUGGGCACCAUCAAAUCCAGCAAUCUGUGCACGGAGAUCGUAGAGUACACGAGCAAAGACGAGGUUGCAGUGUGUAACCUGGCAUCUAUUGCCCUCAACAUGUAUGUCACCCCAGAGAGGACUUUUGACUUUAAAAAGCUCGCGUCUGUCACCAAAGUUAUUGUCAAGAACCUGAACAAGAUUAUUGACAUUAACUACUACCCAGUGAUCGAGGCUGAACGCUCUAACAAGCGUCACAGGCCGAUUGGAAUCGGCGUGCAGGGUCUGGCUGAUGCCUUCAUCCUAAUGCGUUAUCCAUUUGAAAGCCCAGAGGCUCAGCUGCUCAACAUUCAGAUCUUUGAGACCAUCUACUACGCUGCCCUGGAGGCCAGCUGCGAGCUGGCGGCGGAGCUCGGCUCUUACGAAACCUACGCUGGCUCUCCUGUCAGCAAAGGAAUCUUGCAGUAUGACAUGUGGAAUAAAACCCCAACAGAUCUCUGUGACUGGAAAGCACUGAAGGCAAAAAUUGCCAAACAUGGUGUGAGGAACAGUCUGCUGUUGGCUCCCAUGCCCACAGCCUCCACCGCCCAGAUCCUGGGCAACAACGAGUCUAUUGAGGCCUACACCAGCAACAUCUACACCCGCAGGGUGCUCUCUGGAGAGUUUCAGAUUGUGAACCCUCACCUGCUGAAGGACCUCACAGAGCGAGGACUGUGGAGUGAUGAAAUGAAGAACCAGCUGAUCGCUCAGAACGGAUCCAUCCAGGAUAUUGAGGAGAUCCCUGAUGAUCUGAAGCAGCUGUAUAAAACCGUGUGGGAAAUCUCCCAGAAAACCAUCAUUAAGAUGGCCGCAGAUCGUGGCGCCUACAUUGACCAGAGCCAGUCCCUAAACAUCCACAUUGCCGAGCCAAACUACGGCAAACUGACCAGCAUGCACUUCUACGGCUGGAAGUUGGGCCUGAAAACGGGCAUGUACUACCUGCGGACGAAGCCUGCCGCCAACCCCAUCCAGUUCACCCUCAACAAGGAGAAGAUAAAGGAGGCCCAAUCAGCAAAGAACGAUGAUAAGGAGACCAAAGAGCGCAAUACUGCUGCCAUGGUGUGCUCCUUAGCGAACAAAGACGAGUGCCUGAUGUGUGGCUCAUAAAUUAAAUAUGCCCCCCCCCCCUUCACUCCACCAGCUACUCCAUUAAAAACUGUUUUUGGAAGCAAAUGAUGCUAGGAUGAUGUAAUGAGGGAUUUACAUAUGCCGCUGUCUACAAGUCACAAAUCAUUGCUGUUUUAUUUAAUGUUUUCCGGAUUUUCGUAAGUUGUACUGUAUGCAUGUUUGUAUAGAAUGAAUAGGGUGCAAUGAAUUAAGAACGCCCUUAGUGUUUUUUAUUAAAACAUUUUUAUACCAUGUGGGUCGCAUUAAUGUUUGUAUUUCAAGUGUGGGAUAUUAAACUUGUUAAACAGUG